CUAGCAGGUUUUCUGGCUUCCGUCGGAAAACCCCUCCCACUCCCUGGUUUAUAAGAAUAGUGUCUGUCCCGGCCUGGUGGGCGGUGGGGUUUGUUCUCGCUGGGGUCCUGUAGGAAGUGCGUGUGCUAGGUCCACGCUCAGACACUUCCGCCUCGUGCGGGACAGCUUCCUUUCCUCCUGCACUGGCCCGGCAGCCGCGGCAGGAGGCGGCCGGCGCCUGGCUCCUCCGGAUCUCUCCAGGCUUUGCACUAGUCAAGUAGCGACUGGCGUCCCAUGGCGUCCUCCUCGGCCCAGCCCGCGGCCCUGAGCGCAGAGCAGGCCAAGGUGGUCUUGGCGGAAGUGAUCCAAGCGUUCUCGGCCCCAGAGAACGCCGUGCGCAUGGACGAGGCUAGAGACAAUGCGUGCAACGAUAUGGGCAAGAUGCUGCAGUUCGUGCUGCCAGUGGCCACACAGAUCCAGCAGGAGGUUAUUAAGGCCUAUGGCUUCAGUUGCGACGGGGAAGGUGUCCUUAAGUUUGCCCGCCUAGUCAAGUCUUACGAAGCCCAGGAUCCUGAGAUUGCCAGCCUGUCGGGCAAGCUAAAGGCACUGUUCCUGCCGCCUAUGACACUACCGCCCCACGGGCCAGCUUCCGGAAGCAGCGUGGCUGCCUCCUGAGAUUUGUUCUUGUCAGUGUGCCACUGCUAGGGAAGAAGACCUUGUGUUCCAGAGAAUAAUAAAUGCGCUUGUGACUAAA